AUGGCUGAAGAAGAGCUGAACUUACCUGUUGGAAACUAUAUUCUUCGCCAGAGAAUAGGUGAGGGAGCUUUUUCUUCAGUUUGGCUUGCUGAUUGCAAAGAUGUUUCAAUUCCAGCUGCAGUUAAAAUCAUUUCGAAAUCUACACUCGAUCAACCCGAUGUUUUCACUCGUUUUCAAAGAGAAAUUUCGCUUCUUCAACAAUGCAGCCACCCAUUUAUUACACAUUUCUAUGAGCUUUACGAAGAUACGAACAGAUACUACGUUUUUAUGGAAUAUGCUGAAAACGGAGAUUUCGAAUCAUUUCUUCAAACAAGGGGACGUCUUCCUGAGAAUAUGUCUCGCUUUUUCUUUGCUCAAUUAAUUACAGCUUUAGAUUAUCUUCAUAACACUUGCAGAAUCGCACAUCGCGACUUGAAGCCACAAAAUAUUUUGCUUGAUAGAUAUAAUAAUAUCAGAAUUACUGAUUUCGGUCUUAGUAAAGCCUUUAAUGAUGUCGUUCCAAAUCUCACUUCAAACUGUGGUUCACCAGCAUACGCAGCUCCAGAAGUCAUCAUAGGCAAGCCAUACAACAAAGCUGCCGAUGUCUGGAGUCUUGGAGUAAUUUUAUAUCAAAUGGCCACAGGACAUCUUCCAUUCCAAUCACCGGAUGUGAAAACAGUUCUUAUGAAGAUCGUUUCCUUUGAUCCUCCUUAUCCUCCUACGAUGUCUUCCCAGUUAAUCGACUUAUUGCGAAGAAUGCUUUGUCGUAACCCAUCGAAGAGAAUAACAAUCAAAGAAAUAAUGGAGCAUCCAUGGGUUGUUCCACAAUUUGUUUCCAGAGUUUCUAGUUCAUUGUCAGAAUUACACCAAGAAAAUACUGCUGAAGGAGGAAGUCCAAGACAACAGAAUCCAGCCAAACUUCAGCAGGACUGCCAAAACCUUGUCUUUGUUCUCUCUGAAAAAAUGGAUCAGGCAAGACAGUUGUUACCAACAAAUAACUAUAAUUCUCCGCCUGCUUCACUUCCACAUCAUAUUCCAAAGUUCGCCAUUACAAAAAUAUCGUCUAACUCGAUAUUGAUUAAAGAUCUUGAGCCAGGACAAAGACCGCAGCUAAUAAAGAAGAGUAGAUCUGCAUCAAACUAUCCUUCUAAGCACAGAGGUGCAGAUUUAGCUCCAGAAAUGACAAUUAGUGAAUAA